AUAGGAAUUAGGUUUGGUAAAACAGCCCUUUGAUUUUCCUUUUUUAGAUUGCGAGGCCUCUCAUUCCAAAAUCUUUGAUGUGUGAGGUGGAGGAGCUGGAGAGACAGAUGGCCAACAACACACGAGCGGAAUGAAAGGAAUGAAAAGGAGAGACGACAAAAAGCUUUUUUUGGUCUAGGGGGCCGGGCGGUCCGUAAACACAAAAAGCCGGGACAGCGAGAGUGAGAGAAGAGAAACGUUUUUGUUGAUCUGUGUGGUGUGGUGAGGGUGAGUCGUAUGUGUGACGGUGGUACAGCCCAAUAUACCCCUCCUCCUGCAGCAAGACCUGUUGUUGCUGCUGGGCGCGUGUUGGUGUGGAAGCAAACAUCUGUAGGCCUGUCUGAAUGUUGUGGUUUUUGGACAGUGAUCUGAGGAGGGUGUGAGAGAAGUCCCCGAGUGUGAGAACGAGAUCUCGCGAUUGUGAAGGGCUUGAGUGCAUUUCCUGGAGCUUCAAUCCGUCGUGGAGAGAGGUGUGGUUGUCACAGUGGGCUCCAGACUAGUGAAAGAGAGAGCCAGUGGAGAGGUGCUAUACAUACGACAUCACGUAAUGGCUAGGACAUGCUGUACAUGUUGUACUCCACAAGAGGAAGCAUCAGCACAGAGGUGUGGCACAAAGGGUGAUGGGGAGGCGUGACUUGAAGGUUCUCCUUUGGGGAAAUUUGCGCAUGUUUGGGAUCGUGGACUUCUUUUCGAGCGACGGGACUCUUUACGUGGUAUGUUUGAGUGUGGCGAACUUUCGGGGAAUGUUAAGAUUGCUGCUGCCCAUGUAGAUGGAAAAAGUGCGUGCAGGAUUAGUGGACGAGAUACCCGGAAAGAGCGUACAAAGAUGGUUACAAACUUUAUAACAGUUCUCUUGCUAUUCGUGCAUGCGUAAAAUUUCGGUCACUCAUUUGGAGAAGGCACGCACGGUUCUUCGGAAUAGGUGAAGGAGGAGGAGAAGGAGGACUGUUUUCUUUGAAGUUGGUGGUCGGCGGCGGGCACGGGGCUCCAAAGAAGGGUGGCUCCAACGGUACGCAAUGGGAAUCAAGCUGCUGAUGUUGGUGCAUCUUUCACUGGUAACUAUUUCAAAUGAGGGCUUUUUGGAGCGGGAAUACGCUGUCAUCCUGUUUCAGGCGGAUCUCGAGAUCUGUCGGGGAUACGUUCCUGGAUACUGCGGUGUACUCGGCCACGAAUUUGUCGGAGUCGUGGUGGCCUUCGGCCCCGACAUUGAGCAACCCAGGCCCAGCAUCAGCACCAACCCGGCAGAGGAGCUCAGCUCUAGCAAUAGCAAGGGCAACGGCAUCACGGAGCGUCUGGCAGUUGGUACGCGGGUGGUUGGCGAGAUUAACUGCAACGACUUGCAUUUCACGUGCGGGGAUGCCGUGUACCAGCGCAACCACGCGCCCGGCAGGUCAGUCCUGGGCAUCAUCAACCGCGACGGCGCCCUGGCGGAGUACCUCACGCUGCCGGCCGCCAACCUGCAUCCCGUACCCCCCCAGCUGGCGGAGGCGGAGGCGGUGUUCGCGGAGCCCCUCGCGGCCGCGUGUCGCAUUCUGGAGCAGGGCCUACCCGCGAGGCCCCAGUCCGACAGGGUGGCGGUCAUUGGUGACGGCAAGCUGGGGCUGUUGGUGGGGCAGGUGCUGGUGCGGCAUGUGGCGGCGGCGGGGGGCCCCCGGGUGACUCUGAUUGGGCGACAUGCCGCCAAGAUGGCGCUGGUGCAGGGCGAUGCGGAGCGGCUGGUUUCGGAGGGCGACGGCACGGCGCUGGCAGAGCGUCUGGCAGGGCAGUUCGACCUGGUUGUUGAAGCUUCAGGUUCCGCAGGGGGUAUCCGAACCGCACUGGCGCUGUGUCGGCCCAUGGGCACCGUUCUGCUCAAGUCCACUGUGAGUACAAACGAGCAGCGACAGGAACCACAGCUGCAACAGCAGCAGCGGGAGGACGACGAGGAACAGCUGCAUAAUGGUGGGUGCCGUGGCGACAAGAGCGGUGCGAGUCCUGGCCCCCGGGCUCCUGGCUGGGCGGAGCUGGCCAACGACAUCGUGGUGAAUGAGAAGGUCCUGGUGGGAAGCAGGUGCGGUCCCUUCGACAAGGCGCUGGAGCUUAUGGCGUCGGACGCGGGUGUACGGCAGUUGUUGAGAUCCAUGAUCAGCGCGGAGCUGCCCCUGGAGCGUGGGGAAGAGGCGCUGGAGCUGGCUCGUACAAAGGGUGUCCUGAAGGUGCAGUUGGUGAUGCCGCAAAAGUGA